UGUUAACUUUCAUCCUCGCGCAGUCACACGCGGAGCCGCAGACUGAGGCCUGAGGGGCUCGUCCUCCUCGCCGCCACUCGCCGCCGCCUCCUCCGCGCCGCCCCCGACCACCUCCUCCGCGUCGACAUGUCCUAGGUCCUCCUCCUCCGCAGCAGAUGGAUCUGGCGGAGCCUACCUUCCCCGUGCCCUCCACUGCGACCGUGGCCGCUCCGGCAUUAGCAGGGCCGCACAGCGGCGGGAGCGAAUCCGUGGUUGACGGGAUGGCUGGCCCAUCCAUGAAGCCGAUUCAGCUUGAAGAAUUGGCUGGCUCAUCCAUGAAGCCGGUUCACCUCGAAGAAAUGGCUGGCCCAUCCAUGAAGCCGGUUGAGCUCGAAGAAUUGGAUCCCAUGGAUGAUGUUUACAAGCAGAGGCUAAAGUGGGAAACCAUCAAUGAGGACCAGCAGGUUUGGGAUGCCCUUGAUGAGCAGCGAAAAUUGAGAAAGAAAGAGGAGAGGAAGCAGAGACAAGAGGAGGUACGACACUGGAUUUUAUUUAUAAAAGCUCUGUACUCAAAUGUCGGUGAUUCCUUGCAGAUGUGGGUGAGCAUGCAUCUACUUGUCUACUUCGUUGUGCCAGCUCGACCCAGUGUCUUCAUGCCAGAUUGAUGCAUCUUUUGGGAAUUAUGGCACAUCCUAAUUUUCUGUUGCUGUUACUUCACACUUGAAAUGCUCAUAGUUUGUGUUGUUUCUAGAGGUUUUCUCUACUGGAUGCUCUCUUUUAUUUUGGCUGCAGCAAUGCCAUGUAUCGAUAUGCCUGCCUCUUUUCUCUUUUGAUAUGUAUCUUUUGGUGGAUUGCAUGUUGUGUUUUACUGAAACCUGUAUGUUGGUGUGCCUUGCAUGUUGUGUUUUACUGAAA